AUGAAUACCAGCGAAUUCUUGCUCAGGAUUAUCGGCAUCGGAGAUGCGAAAUACCGCCUGAUAUGGUUCAUGCUUGCAAUCCUUCUUGGCCUUAUUGGCAACAUGGUUGUCCUCAUUAGCUGCUCUUCUCCCGACACUCAUUCUAUCCACUUGUUUCGCGUUGGUAGUGCGGAGCUUGUCGAUGCAGCAGCCAACCUCACCGACGUCUCUGUCAACGAUCUCCAAAUCAACGAGCUCCCUGACCAUUGGUACUGGGGCCUUUCAGGCAUGUGUGCUGUUUACAACCGCACCAACGAGGCUUUAUGCAAGCAUGCUUUUCCACCUUCAUUUAGCGUUGAGGAAAUGGUGUCUUUUGCUAUCGAGACACAUCUCAGAGAAGGCGAUGGUCCUUCCGUCCUCAAAAGGAAGAUGCUGCCCUGGACCACUGCACUCGCCCAAGUCAAAGACGAGCUCGUCAUGCCCUCCCGCCUCAAGGCCCUCAUGCAAGGUGCCGCAGCUCUCAGCCUGAUUUCAACCCUUAUCUCUUUCGCUCUUCUCCCUCUGACCAUCCUCUACUUGACCAUCUUGCGCGAUCAGCUGCGGUGCUGGAUGCUCUACAUCGUUGCCUUUCUCGAUGCCGUGGCAUUCCUUGGGGCAGGUGUCUUUGUUGAAAACGCUAUGGAGGAGGGUCCAAGGGGUCUCAUAAACCUUUCCGGUGUCAGUCAAGAGCCUGGGGUUCGAGGACCAGGCUCUGUCGCGUUGACAUUGGGUGUCCUGAUCAAGUUCUUGGCGAUAGAACUCUUCCUGUGCCUUGCCUUUCUUGGCGUGGUUCUGGUUCUGUGGCUCGUUUAUGUCUGUCUGAGCAUAUGUGCAGAAGAUAGAAACAAGGUCAAGGUCAAAGUUAAGGUCAUAAAUAGCGUUGAGUCUUCGCCAUACUAUCAGUCUAAGCUCUAA